UCCCAAUAAAUGGGAAAUGGCCUGACCAUUUCAGUUACAAUGCAAUCGUUACAAUUGCUAGGUAUUGGAGCAACAUUGCUCUGGAGUUUGGUGACUUUGGUGGGAGUCUAUGGAGCAGAAGAAUGUCCAAAAAAACCGUACCGUGUGGUGUGCUAUCUGGCAAGCUGGUCGAACUAUCGCGAGGGCAGCGGAUCGUUCAAUGUUUCCUACAUCGUGCCCGACCACUGCACACACUUGGUGUACACGUUUGCCGGGUUAAACAUAGGCGGUGGAAUUGAUUCGCUCGAUUACUUCAACGAUGUCAAUGUGAACAAGGGUUACGCGCGGGUUGUUGCCCUGAAGGAGGAGAACCCUUGCCUGAAGGUGCUGCUCGCGAUCGGCGGCUGGAACGAGGGUUCGGAGAAGUACUCACUGAUGGCCGAACGUGAGUCAACGCGUGACGCAUUUGCUGACCAAACGCUUCGCUACCUCGUGCACUAUGGGUUCGAUGGGCUAGAUCUCGACUGGGAGUAUCCUACAAUGCGUGGAGGUAUUCCGGAAGAUCGCGAAAACUUUGUUCUGCUUGUGCAGGCACUGCGGAAUAGGUUUGCACGCCGGAAUAAGAUACUUACGGCCGCAGUUAGUGCCUCGAAGCAGAUCCUGCAGGCCGGUUACGAUCUGCCCAAGCUGUGCGAAGAGCUAGACUUUAUCAAUCUGAUGACGUACGACUACUCGAGAAGCGAUAAGGCAACGCUGGAUGCUCCACUGUAUGGAGAUUCUUCCACCGGCGAGACUAUUGAUACAACGAUCGCGUACAUCAGUAAGAGCGGCUGCCCGAUGGACAAGUUCUCCCUAGGCAUCACAACACACGCCAAAACGUACACCGUCGUGCCGAGCCGUCUAAUGGCACCGGGGAUCAAAGCCGUCAGCCCGGGAGCACCCGGUCCCUACACCCGCAGUGCCGGUUCGCUCGGCUACAAUGAAGUGUGUGAGAUGUUGAAGCCAAAUCGUACCACACCCAACCCUUGGGUGGUUAAAUCGUUGGCUCAAAAUGCGGUAAAGUACGCGUACCACGACGAUCAGUGGAUGACGUUCGAUGGGAUCGAAACGAUCGGCACGAAGGUGAAGUACGCGAUGGACAAAAAGCUUGGCGGAAUUAUGCUUUGGACGAUCGAUACGGACGACUUUCAGGGUGAUUGUCACAAUGAGGCAUACCCGUUGCUGCAAACCGUGCUGCGGAUGUUGGGCUACGUGCGAAAGGCGUGAGGGCAGCAAAGAGUAUUUGAAAUGAUGAAAACGAAAGCAAACUGAAGACAAACCGUGCACACGGAUCGUGCUGUAUACUUUCGUUUGCGGAAAGAAAACAACCAGACUGAGUGCUUUGGGAAGCUUUAAGGGUUAUUUGCGCAUUUCAAUAGAGUAGAUGUGUGGUGGAGGACGGUCGUAAUAGAUAUCCGAUCCGAGUAGAUUUCAUAUUUGCACAGUGUGCUUUAAUACUAUCAUCACUGGGAAACCGAAGCCAGAGAGAACCAACCAAUCCCAAUUUCGUUUUUUGCUUGUUCUUGGUACGUUCUGUUUGUUUAGCGCUAGUUUCGGAGCUCCCCAUGGGGAACCUAAAUCAACUCCGCACGGCAAUGGAUGGCUUUAUUUGCAUACGAAGUUCUUGACUUUGUUCGAAGUUCCAGUUUUUGGGAGGGACCGGUUUCGAGCAUUCUAAUCAAAACCCCGAAAGCAUCCCCAAACCAAGCCACGGGUACGACGUGUAAAUCAGCACGACCUUAAACGUAAUCUCUGAAGGCAGGUUUGCUCUUGUUCGAUCUCGUGUCCAAAACUGACCGACUGGCAAAUGACCUGAAAAUUCAUUGGUGCUGGGGCAAAUGUUUAAUCCGAGCAAUAAAAGCUCGCUGCCUCUAAACAGAUUUUAACAUAUUUCGGUUAAUUACUAAAUCGCUCAAGAUAAACCUUCAAACUGGCAGGCUUUGUUAACUUUUUUGAAAUUCUAUUUUAAUCGAAACGUUGCUAACUUCCCUCUUUUACAUUUGUCGGCCUCUCUUUCGAACUCGUUUCAAUCGGUACAAGAUUCGCUUUCAUUUGCCCCGUUCGCCAUAUCGAACCUCGGUGAUCGAUGAGAUUAUGUAAACCUCUUAUCCUCUCUCGUCCUCUCAUCGCUCGCCAAAAACUACACAAAUAGGUGGGGAAGGGAGCAAUGUCGCGAAGAAGAAAAAAAACCGCUCAAGCCGGUUUUUGGAGCUCAGGCCCCAGAAUAAACUCUAUAAAAAUGAACCGCCCGCUACGGAUGCAUCAUUAGUUACCGGUGCGAGCCGUUCCGAGGAAGAUCUACGCGCUGUUCACAAGUGAUCCGUUUCGUUGCGUGUGUGUGAGUGUGUGUGUGUGUCAUCAUGGUACUGUUGCGAAGAUAUUUCCUACCCUGCGUGCUGCUGAUUGCACUACUGGCAACGAUUGUGCUAGCAGACGACACCGCCCAAGAUACGAGCAGUGACAGUACCGACAAGAUCGUAGCGUCGAAACCGAUCGCACGAUCCAGCUCGCGGAUGAUGCGCAGAGCGAGAACUCCCACGGCACAACAUCCUGCCGGUAGUCAUCAGAGUGCACCGACAAGUACAACCGUACCAGCUACCCCAGCAAAGGCUGGGGCCCCGAGUGCCGAGCAGGAGCGCAACUACGAGCAGCAGGUCAUCGUGGUGAAGGGUAACCCGUCGGAGGAAAAGCUGAACGAGGAGAUUCGCAAGGCAAUCCGUGCGCUGCUCGGACCGGAACAGGGCGAUCAGGUGCAGAUCCGGGAGCUGAAGAACGAGGAGGAGCUGCGCCGUGUUGCACCCGGUGCCCGUCCGGUCGGUGUAAGGCUGGUGCCCUAGACGUGGUCGCGCGGCCAUCAACGCGGGGUACGAACCGGAUCUCAUUCCAUUCCAUGUCGGCUGAGAAGCAGGAGUUAAUUUUGACUCGCCAGCACAUUCCGUUGUACGUGUAAACUAAGUUAUAUCAACCAAUGCCGUGUAAUAUAUGCUGAAAGGAUCCAUUUGCGAUGUAUUUUGGGAUAUAAAGGGCAAUAAAAGCUAUUCACAAAAAUAACAAGUUCA